AUGAUGUUUCAACAAUAUCAAGCUGUUGGGACUCAACAAUAUGAAAAACUUAAUGAAAAACAGAAAGAAAUUGUCGAUAUUGUUUUAGACACAAUAGAUAAUGAACAAACAGAUGAUAAUAAAUGUCGAUGUUUUUUCAUUAAUGGGCCUGGAGGAUCUGGAAAAACAUUUGUUUACACAACUUUAUACUACUUACUCCAAAGUCAAAGAAAAAAAGUUUGUACUAUGGCAUUUACUGGUAUUGCAGCUACCUUACUUCCUCAAGGUAAAACUGUACACAAAACUUUUAAGCUACCAAUUGCAAUUUACAGAGACUCAUCUCCAACUAUUAAGGUACAAUCCAAAGAUGCAGAUUAUUUAAGAAGUAUCGAUGUCUUUUUUUGGGAUGAAGCACCCAUGGCUCCAAGACAUGCUCUAAAACUGGUCGAUCGAAAUUUGAAAGACAUAAUGAAUAGUAAUAAGCCUUUCGGAGGGAAGAUAAUGAUACUUGGAGGCGAUUUUCGACAAUUAUUACCAGUUAAACAAAAUGCAAUUCGCAGUGAGUUAGUGAAUCUUUGUAUUAAAUUUAGCAGUUUGUGGUCAUCCUUUUCUCAAUUUUCUUUAACAGAAAACAUGCGUGCCUUGCCACAUGAAAAAGAAUUUUCAAAGUUUUUAUUAGAGGUUGGAGAUGGAGUAGCUAACCUCAAUGAUAAUGAUUUAGAAUUACCAAUGGAUUGUAUUGCUCCUCCUAAUACCAAUAUUGCAGAAGACGUUUAUGGAAACAUAGUUAAAAACAAAGAAUUUGAUAAAUUGGCAAAAAUGGCAAUACUAUCUGCUAGAAAUGUUGACGUUGAUGAUAUAAACAAAUCAGUCGUUGAGCUAUUAGAUGCUUCAAGUGAAAAAAUUUAUACCAGUGUUAAUACUGUAAAAGACUGUGAUAAUGAUGAAAUUAGGGAAGCUCUCUUACCAGAAUACUUAGAAACGUUGAAUCCGACAAAUUUACCAUCACAUGAAUUAAGAUUAAGAGUUAAUACAGUUGUCAUGUUAAUUAGAAAUCUUUCAAUUAAUGAAGGAUUAUGUAAUGGAACACGACUCCAAAUUUUAGAAUUACAAAAUCAUUAA